CGGGCAGGCUUGUCAAAUCAGCAUUGCUCCCUGGGCUUCAGAUCCGCUCUGCAGUAUUCGCUGAGUGUUUUCUCUUGGAGAAGAAGCAAUCUGCCAGAACAAAGGCCCGUUUGAACAAAGUUGUCAAGUAUAGGUCGUCCCUUUUUAGUCAUCUCAUCAUACAUGAUCCUUCGAUUUUGAAGGGACAAUUUGUUCCCCCCGCCAGGAUGGCGUCUUCUCACUUGCUGAGCAUUGCGGGCCCUCUCAUCGUCCCCGACCUCAAUGCAGCCCAGCAAGGGGCUUCCUUGGACCAGGCGCCCCUCUCCCCCGCCCGAUCAGCGCUCAGUCCCGUCCGCCCCGCCUCCCCUGGCUUCCACAGCCUGCCUCUUCGCGCUCAGCCGCUGUCCCCCUCACGGCUUAUGCCCGCACUAGCCCUUCCCUCCCAGGCCACCGCCAGUCUUGAGAGUCUCUCUUUGGCAGCGGCACUGGAUCAGCCCCCCGCUUUGCAAAGCACUCCUGGCGAGCACAUUCUUGGGGGUCAUCCUGCUGACCUGAUCAGCGCCGUCAGUGCAGAGGGAUUGGCAAGCGCCCACAUCCUGAUCACAGCGGUCGCCCUCCUGAGCAGCACCCCAGACGCUGGCGCCACUCAGGGGGGAUCCCAAUUGCCCCAGAACGAGUCUGCCCAAGGGACCUCCUUGAGAGAAACUGCAGCAACGGACGUCGCAUUGGCCGUGCCUGAGGGCAGCGACACUGCGGUGUUCGCGGAAGGGAAGCACGGCCUUAAGGCAGGGCCAUGGUGGCUGUCUGCGGAAGGGGGGAACACACCAAACGCAGCGGCGGGCGAGGGGCCAGGCCCGUCAUGGUGGGCUCGCCAGGUUGAGGCGGCGCGGGCUGAGGACCGGGCGCAGGAGGGGCGCGCACUUCAAGACAGCCUGCACAGCAACAAGGGCCCUGAUGCCCCAUAUGCCUUGGAAGGAGCGGACACCCUGCUGGGCGCGGCCAGCCCGUCCCUGGGAGAGAAAGACAAUGGCGGCGCCUGGUGGAGCCAGCUCACCAAGAUUCCCACAGCCGACUGGUUGCACCUGGACCCACAACGACUUUCUGACACGAAUAAUCCUGCGACACCUGUCGGGAGGGAAAACGUUGACAGCGAGGAGCCCAGACGCGUAGAAGGGGCGGAGGUGCCUGCUGUGGCUCAGGCUGACCACAAGGAGUUCUCGACCUUCAGCUUUGUGAACGAUGGGGCGGUGCUGACUAUGAGUGAGGGGGAAGUUGCGACCUCCCCAGUAGAGCACGCAGGAGAGGCGCAGCCAGGUCUGGACAUGCCACAGGGCCUCACACUGGCCGUUGAACCAAGAAUCACAGAAGCAGUGGCCAGCGCAGAGCGGCUAGAGAGCGAAUCACUGGGGGAGCCGGAGGCCCGCCUGUCGCUCCCCGUUGCAGAAGGUCACGGCACAGACGGGGCUAUUCACGCUACUAAAAGCAGUGUUGCUCAAUUGACGGAAGUGUCGCCAGUUGGGGGGAUCGACCCACCCUCCCUCCUCCAAGUCAGCGAGGUGACUCGUAAGGAUCAGUCAGAUCUAGCAGUAGACAGCCCACCAAGCGGAGCAUCCGACGCAGAGUCGCAGUCUCCGGUAGAGAUUCACGACAUUGAUCAGGUCAGCAGUGACCCAACGACUCUUGCCACUGCUGCCACACUAGCAUCGGCUGAACCAUCAGCGGCCCCUGUAGAAAACGAGACGAACAGUGCAUUGGAGGUAGCACCCAAGAGCCAGGCGCAAGCAGCUACGGUCGAAGCAACACCAAGUGAUUCGUCAGAGGUAAUGCGAAAGCAGCGUGCGGCAGUGGAGGAGGCGCGGGCGCGGCUGGAGCUGAUCAAGGCGUGGAGGAGCAGGCGGGCAGCCACACUACCGCUAACGGUCUCUCUGCCCCCUCCCCCGCUCGCCCUCCCCGUUCUCUCCGGCCUCCCGUCGCCGACCCUGGGUUCCGGCAUCUUUCCGACACGUGGCUCUCCGAUGGUGGCGACUCUAGCGAGACCGGACGGCUCCAUCUGGAAGACGUUGCAGCAACUAGAGUGGUCCACCGAAGAUAUGGCGGACACCUUUGGGCGCUCCUCGGUUGCCGUCCACCUGGCGGAACGGCAUGACGGCGAGCAUGCGUGAGGGCAGGGGCCAAUGAGUGUAACUUAUUACUGGGGCUCGCGUGUUGUGUGCAAAUAGAAAGAGUAGUUCAAACGGCUUUGUGUGAUGAUCUGAAGAGUGUGUGUGCGUUUAGCUAGGACGGAAUAGGUUGACAGCCAUGAUACGCGGGAUCAGGCGGGAGCCCAGGCUUGGAUCAGUGCUCCACUGAACAAGCCUAUCCUUGAGGGUACAACUGCCACAGCUGAUUUAGAUAAAGUCAGGUGAACGACGAAGUUGUUGGACACAUUGACGCCCAGCAUCUCGUAUCUGAUGCAAUCGUCACGUUUGGUUUCCAAGUUUUAAUAUUGUAGAGAGAGGAGACCGUCGUGUUGGCGGCCAUGCCCUUGCAGGAACUGUGAGGUUUCUCAGGACAAUACCGAAAAGACCUGAAUGUAUAGCACGUGAUGUAGACCCU